AUGGAUGAAAUUGUCCCGUUUCUAACAACCGGACUCAAAGCAGUUGUCUUGUCGCCGGAUCAAAACUGAUCUUGCUUUGUUGAAAGAGCUUGCUCUGUUUCGUUUUCUUCGACCUUCCAAUUGUUGCUUGCUUCGCGCGUUUCGGUCUCAAGAAUUGGGGCAUAUGCAAAGAACAGUAAUUUGAUGACCAUCUUGGACGAAAAGCCUUCUUCCCAAAGUGGCAAUGGAUGGAACCGUGUAAUAGUAUCUGCUGUGGUUUUGUUACCCUCCCCUCGCUUUAAUUAGCUGCUACUUAUUUAACUGGAAAGUGGGACAUCACAGUGUUAAGCAAAUGCUGGAAGGGAAUGGGUUUGUGGACGUUGCUUGAAGGCCUUUUGCUCUUUGCAAAUGCGCUGGCAAUAUUGAACGAGGACCGUUUCCUCACUCCACGGGGGUGGAGUUUCCAAGAAUUUCCAGGAGGCAAGGUCAAGUCACUGAAAGGGCAGGUUAUUGGUCUUAUCAAUGCAACCCAAUACUUAAGGGUUCCGCUUACCAUCUUAAACGUUGUCAGCAUAGUGGUAAAGCUGGUCUCGGGCUGAAUUUCCCCACCAAGCGUAGAUCUUUGCAUAGAUGUCCAGAGGUCGUAUCCUCAAUGCCUUGUCCGUCAUUUUUGGAAAUAUGGAUCAUAGAAUCAAUCUUGCAGUACAUAGGUUGUGUCGAGUAAACUAAGUUUUGUUAGUCAAUAAUGUAGGUCGUGACUCGUGAGAGGAGCAGGUGGCGUAAAUUUGAAAUGUGUCACUUAUCAACUCUGAAACUAAUUAUCGUCCAGUUUCCGUCCAUGUUGAUGACAUGCUCAAUAACUACUCAACAUCUGUUGAUGACAUUCUUUAAUCAUGUAUUGAAGAUGAUGCUCAAUUUAUGGCUUCAAGAGAGAGCAUUCUCCCUUCUUGUCCAGAGUAGAGAAAUACUGGUAUUCAGAACAAGUAAUACGUUUGUCUUAUCGGAGCUUCAAAGAGCAUGGAUUACUUUGAAAAAUUAUUAGGUACCUUUAGAGUCCAUCCUUUCACUAACAUGUCUUAAGGAUCACCAUUCAUACAAACCACGUUAAUGUGGGAGGAUGUUGUUUAAUUUUGGUGAUGAAUUCCUCAGGAUUCCUCCGAGUCUUCCUCGAUGCGAUUCUAAUAGUUAAUGUAGAAUCAGCUUCAGUUUGUGUA